CUCCUUGCUUGGAGCUUUUUACGUCGGCUUUGUUGACGUCUUGCACGCACUCUCUCGCCCUCCGCCGUCCCGGCAUGCACCGCGAGGUCUGCAGUAUAUUAUUGACAAAGAAAAAAGGGCUGAAGAGAAACAACAACGGGGUGGGAUCAGAGGCACAAACCGAGGUGAUAGCACCGACGUUACACGGACCCGUGUGCUGACAACAAGUCCCAAGUCAUGGCCCUGAGGCGAUGAGAGUGGGAAGUGCCGUUUUCACCUGAAGGGAUUCUACACAGCUUGAGAGUUUGUGGAGAGAAGGGUGGGGGGCCCAGGCAGACCGUGGACGGGGAAGGGGAAGAGCUCAGCUGGAGCCAAUGCAGCAGCAGCAUCGACAGCCUGAGCUGGUGGAAGGAAGCCUUCCCGUGUUCGUGUUCCCCACUGAGCUCGUCUUCUACGCAGAUGAGCAGACGUCUCACAAGCAGGUGCUCACCCUCUACAACCCCUAUGAGUUCGCCCUCAAGUUUAAAGUGCUGUGCACAGCGCCAAACAAGUACACUGUGGUGGAUGCCACCGGAGCUGUUAAACCACAGUGUUGUGUUGACAUAGUAAUCAGACACCGGGAUGUGCGUGCAUGCCAUUAUGGGGUGUACGACAAGUUCCGACUGCAGGUGUCGGAGCAGAGUCAGCGGAAAGCUCUGGGUCGCAAAGAGGUGACGGCCACGCUCCGUCCCUCUGCCUCACAGGAGCCGCCCAGCCCCCGGCCCCAAGAUGAGGAACGCAGAAUCAAAGAGCAGUUCGCAGACAGCGAGUUUUUUGAACAGACUGCAUUUCAGACAGAGAGCCGUCCUGUUGCUGGAGGCCCCAGUCUGCUGACGGUGCUGCUUGGGCUGGUGUGUAUGGCCGCCCUGAUGCUCCCGACCCUGGGGGAGCAAGAAUCUACUGUGCCUGUCUACCUCCACUUAAGUGUUAACAAGAAACUUGUAGCUGCUUAUGUUCUCGGUCUUCUUACGAUGGUCAUACUGCGCACAUGAAGUGCCGUGAGCCAAGAGGAGGAGGCGAAAUGACCUAAAGGACGACGAGAACAUCCUCACACCAGAGGCACUGCGACACUUAAAUGAGUACAGCUGACAGCAGAGGAACGUGGUACUUACUCAGUUCACCUCGUCCCCCUGAAAAAUACAUUUUAGGAUACUUGUUUUCAAAUCCACACGUUUGUGUUAAUACGUAAACUGACACAAUACUGAACUGACGCAAACAGCGGAGACCUCGGGCGCAUAGGUCAAAGGAAUGGUAGUGUGAGAAGAGCUGUCCCUGAGCAGGGCCUGUGAAGAAACAUGAGGCCAUUUAUAAAGUGUUUGACCUCAUAUUUCCUGUGUCUGUAUUUUUAUUGCCAUUAUGUAACAGAAUAUGGUUAACUUGAGUGUGAAGGAAUCGACAUGCAAACAUUACACAUGUAUAUAAAGCCAUUAAAGUUUUGUUAUGGUAUUCACCUGUAACCAUCAUUAUAUUGAUGUUUCAAAGCAUUUUUAGUGUAGGCUCUGAGGACUAAAUGCAGUUUUUUGCAUGUGUGGAUACCUUAUCUGGAGGAGUAUUUGUUUUUUCCAGCAGUAAGGUACUUUUACAUGUCACCAAAGGAAAGAUCUUUUUUUGAAGACAAUGGUUUGUUCGCAGUACUAUAUCAAUGCUCCAUCAAACGUUUAAUAAAAGACUCAAUACAGA